AUGAGCGACGACGAGCAGACCAAGCUGCUGGAGUGUGCCGGUCCCAUGUCCGCGUCGCCCGGGAAGAAACCCCCGCGGAUGCCCAAGUGCUCCCGGUGCAGGAACCACGGCUACGUGUCGCCGCUGAAGGGACACAAGCGCUUCUGCAACUGGAGAGACUGCCAGUGCCAGAAAUGCAAACUGAUCGCGGAGCGGCAGAGAGUAAUGGCGGCCCAGGUGGCUCUGCGACGGCAGCAGGCUCAAGAGGAGGAGAUGGGGCUCUGUAGCCCAGCCACGCUGUCCAGUCAGGACGUUGUUGUGAAGAAUGAGCCCACUGGAGACUGCCUGUCCUCGGUGUCUGGAGGACGAUCACCUUCCUGUGGAAACAUCUCUGCUGGUACCUCACCUUCUAAUGCAGGUAGUCGUUCUGGCCUGGCGUCCAGCCCCACAGCGUUCAGUAGGGGGCAGUCUACUGACGGAACAGCUGACCUCCUGGUGGAUACCUCCUACUACAACUUCUACCAGCCGUCACGCUACCCUGCAGCCUACUACAGUAACCUGUACAACUACCAACAAUACCAGAUGCCAAACGGCGAGAGUCGCCUAUCCAGCCACAACGUGUCUCCUCAGUACCGGAUGCAUUCCUACUACUCUUCUGCCUCCUACCUCAGCCAGGGGCUGGGCCAGGGGCUGGGCCAGGGGCUGGGCCAGGGGCUGGGCCAGGGGCUGGGCCAGGGGCUGGGCCAAGGAUUGGGCCAGGGGCUGGGUCAGGUGCUGGGCCAGGGGCUCGGCCAGGGGUUGGGCCAGGGAUUGGGGACCACGGCAGCCUGUGUUCCCCCCAUCUUCUCUCUGGAGGACAACAACACCUGCCAUGAGACCAAGCAGACCUCCUUCUCCCCAGUCAGUGGAGGCGCUAACGGCCAUGACGGUCUGUCCUGUCUGUCCAUCAGCUCCCUGGUCAACAGCUCUGAGGGGAAGACUGAGUGUGACGGACAUGACCAGGGACAGGGCUUUACUGUCGACUCCAUCAUAGAGGGAAACCACAAAUAACCAGAGGAAGAAGAGGAGAGAGAGAGAGGAAGAGAAAAAAAAAAUCUAAAAUCACACUCUUUUGAAAUCAAUUUGUUGAAAUAAAGGUUUUGUUUCUGUAAACUUUCUUCCAAUGUUGUCAUUCUGAAGAUAUUCCAAGUGUCCUUAUGUGUUCCUGUCUGAGCUCUAUAGACAUGGUUCUAGUGAGUGUGUGGUCUGUAAACUUUCUUCCAAUGUUGUCAUUCUGAAGAUAUUCCAAGUGUCCUUAUUUGUUCCUGUCUGAGCUCUAUAGACAUGGUUCUAGUGAGUGUGUGGUCUGUAAACUUUCUUCCAAUGUUGUCAUUCUGAAGAUAUUCCAAGUGUCCUUAUGUGUUCCUGUCUGAGCUCUAUAGAAAUGGUUCUAGUGAGUGUGUGGUCUGUAAGCCAGGGGGGAGGUGAACAUACAGGGUAGAUAUGAAUCAUAUUGCCCCCCUAGAUCUAUGCCAGUCAAUAUCAGGCUAUAUAGGGAAUAUACCAGUCAGUCUAUAUCAGUCUACUUCAGGCAAUAUCAGGCUAUAUCGGUAUAUACCAGUCUAUAUUUGUAUAUACCAGUCAGUCUAUCAGUUUAUUCCAGUCUAUAUCAGUCUAUAUGUCAGUCCAGAACAGACUAUGGGAGGCGCACAGUACUACAUAGUAUGGAGCGCCGUUUGGGUCUGCGUGUCAAAAACGUUACACUUUAAAUACCACUAUUUGACACGUCAAAUCGUCAAAAAAACACAAUUCUAUUAGAAUGUUGUGUGCUGAAUUUGCACGUUCAAGCCAAGCGCCAACACCACGACCAGUAGCACUGUCAGAUGUACAAAAGUCCGCAAACAACCGGCCACGAUGUGUUUCCAAGACCGCGUCGGUAAUAAGGCUGUGUUUGUUCGACCGAAUGGGAAAACGUCUGCGUGACCAUUUGAAAUAAGAUCAGGAUCAAACGAGCAAGAUGUAGAAAUUGUGCAAAUAUCUUUGAUACAUGUUAUUUGCAACUUCUGCAGUAGCUAGCUUUAGCUUUAGCUUGGCACCAAUGCAACCAGCCUGAAAACAAUGACCUGUAGAAACGGCGGUCAUUUUCAUUAUUCUUAGCAAUGAUUUAGGAUUCAAUGUAAGUAUUAGCUAGGUAGCCUCUUGGGAUACCGGCACUGACCGGAGCUUCCGGCGGAAGUGUGGGCCCGGCAGCUGCGGUAGGUGCGUGAGACAAAACUUUACCCGCUUCAUAGCAUACGUUUCGGUGACUCGUUGUGACAUAUGAAAUACGAUAGUGUAAUCAAUGUGUAAUAACUACGUAAAAAAUGUAUGAACAUCUUAAAUUAUUGUGACAUGCAGUCCUAUUCAGGUCCUGAUUGGUCAACAAGCUUAUUUGAUGAGUCAAAUUGUGUUAUUUGACGCGUGUGUAUUUUUUGACACACAAAGAGCCAAAUGGCCGAAACAUAGAGCCAUGACUACAUGGAACUCAAUCCCACAUCAGGUAACUGAUGAUAACAGGGGAAUCAGAUUUGAAAACCAGAUCAAAUUACACCUUAUGGAACAGCGGGGACUGUGAAGAGACACACCCAUGCUAGAUCGAAUCCCCGAGUAAAAUCUGUCAUUCUGCCCCUGAACGAGGCACUGUUCCUAGGCUGUUAUUGAAAAUACGAAUUUGUUCUUAACUGACUUGCCUAGUUAAAUAAAGGUCAAAUAAAUUGAAUAAAAAUCAGUCUAUAUCUUUAUUUACCAG